UCCUUUUCAAUAUUCCUAAAAUAGAAUUUUUCUCUUUUUUGAGAAAAUAGUAAAAAAUAUUUUUAUCCACACGUGAAGAUUCAAAGAAAGUUCUUUUCUAAUUUCUACCUCAAUCCAGAAGCUUCUUGCAUUUUUCUCUGACGAAACGAACAAAAUAUUUUAUAAAUUCAAACGAUUUCGCUAUCCGGUGAUUCAUUUUUAUUUAACAAGAAGUCUUGGUUGGUUAAACUAAAAAGAAAUUUAAUUUUUUCCAAAAAGAACAAGAAAAUGACAAAUUCCGAAGCGGAUUUAGCAUUAACCUACAAAGAUAAAGGCAAUGAUGCAUUCAAAAAAGAACUCUGGGAGGAUGCCAUCAAAUAUUAUUCAGAAGCAAUUAAAUCUGGUGAGAAACAUAAAGAUUUAGCAAUCUUCUAUAAGAAUCGAGCUGCUGCUUAUUUGAAAAAGAACGAAUUUACAAAAGCCAUUGACGAUUGCACUGAGUCAUUGCGAUUAGCGCCAAAUGACCCCAAAGCACUAUUUCGACGUUUUCAGGGUUAUGAAGGUUUGCAAAAGUAUGAAGAAGCCUAUCGAGAUGCUAUGGAAUUGUUUAAAGCCGAUCCCGGCAACAAGGCAGUUCAACCUGCAUUGGCUAGGUUGCAUGUCAUAGUGCAGGAACGUGCCCAGAAGAAUGCUCAAACAUCCACAAAGGUUAGUCAGAUGUGUGAGUUGGCCUUUGAUGUGGCAACUCCUUUAGACAAACGUCGUAAUGCCGUGAACAAUUUGCUUGUUCUGGCCAAAGAAGAAGUUGGAGCUGAUUUGAUAACAAAACAAGGUGUUAUCAAGAAGAUUGCCAGUCUAGCCAAGACUGAGAAGGACCAACAAAUCUAUGUGAACAUAAUCCGUGUCAUUGCUGAACUCUGUAACAAGAGUGUUGACCGGACAAAGAUCGUUCUCACAGAACUGGGAGUCCCAUGGUUCUUGCAAGUUUUGGAUAGUACAAAUGAGGAACGUGUAUCUGCCGCACAGUACUGUCUUCAAACUAUUCUGAAUUCACUUUCAGGAAUGGAGAAUAAGGUAGAUAGUAAACCAGAUGCUGAACUUUGUAAAAAGUAUCAAAAAGAAAUCGAUACUUUGUUGACUUGUUUGGUAUACACUAUCACUGAUCGGACAAUUUCUGGCCAAGCCAGAGAUGCUGUUAUAGAACUUCUUACUCGGAAUGUUCAUUAUACUGCUUUGUCAUGGGCUGAAAGAAUGGUUGAGAUUAGGGGGCUGCAUAGGCUGUUGGAUGUUUGUUCAGAAUUGGAAGAGUAUAAGUACGAAAGUGCCAUGUCCAUAACACCAUCUUCAAAGACUGUUGCAUCGGUAUGCUUGGCAAGGAUCUAUGAGAAUAUGUACUACGAUGAUCUGAAGUUGAAGUUUUCCAAUCAGAUUGAUGAAUAUGUCAAGGAUAAGCUACUGGAUCCUGAUUUGGAGUCAAAAGUUCGAGUUAUUGUGGCUUUAACUUCGUUGUUGAAUUCUACAUUGGAUGUUGGUAAUAGCAUUGUUGGACGAGAAGGUAUCUUACAGAUGAUUCUUGUCAUGGCCACCACGGAAGAUGUUUUGCAACAGAAAGUUGCAUGUGAAUGCAUUGUUGCUGCAUCAUCAAAGAAGGACAAAGCCAAGGCUCUUUGUACUCAAGGUGUUGAUAUACUCAAGAAACUCUAUCACUCCAAAGAUGAUGGAAUUAGAGUUCGUGCUUUGGUUGGUUUGUGCAAAUUGGGAAGCUAUGGUGGUCAAGAUGCUAGUAUUCGUCCAUUUGCCGAUGGAGCAACUAAGAAACUAGCUGAAGCAUGUCGUCGUUUUUUGGUCAAACCAGGAAAGGAUAAGGAUAUUCGUAAAUGGGCUGCUGAUGGUCUUGCCUAUCUUACACUCGACGCUGAAGUGAAGGAGAAAUUGAUUGAAGAUCAACCUGCAAUUCAAGCUUUGAUUGAAAUAGCAAGAGCCGGAGAUCAAUCAUGUCUUUAUGGAGUGGUAACGACUUUUGUAAAUUUGUGUAAUGCCUAUGACAAGCAAGAGCUUCUUCCUGAGAUGGUGGAAUUGGCUAAAUUUGCCAAACAUCAUAUCCCCGAAGAGCACGAACUUGAUGAUCCAGAUUUUAUAAAUAAACGUAUCAUGACACUGGCCAAUCAAGGUAUCACGACUGCAUUGUGUGCUUUGGCAAAGACUGAAAGUCACAAUUCACAGGAACUUAUUGCAAGAGUAUUGAAUUCCCUUUGCAGUUUGCAAGAUGUUCGUGGAAAGGUUGUUCAGGAUGGUGGUGUAAAGACUCUGCUCAAACUUGCCUUAGAAGGCACUGAAAAGGGCAAGAGACAAGCAUCUCAGGCACUUGCUCGUAUUGGUAUAACAAUUAAUCCAGAAGUGGCGUUUGCUGGUCAACGUGCCCAUGAUGUGAUUCGUCCUUUGUUGAAUCUAUUGCAUCAAGAUUUCACAGCUUUGGAGAAUUUCGAAUCCCUAAUGGCAUUGACAAAUUUGGCUGCAAUGAAUGAGAGCGUUCGCAAGAGGAUCAUUACAGAGCAAGGUCUGUCGAAGAUUGAAUUCUAUCUGAUGGAAGAUCAUGUCUAUUUGGUUCGAGCUGCUGCCCAGUGUGUAUGCAAUUUGGUUAUGUCUCCAGACAUUGUUGAAAUGCAUGAAAAAGAAAACGAUCGAGUGAAAUUCUUGUGUCUUCUCUGCGAAGAAGAAGAUGAAGAUACAGCCAAAGCAACCGCAGGUGCCUUAGCAAUGCUCACAUCGGUGAGCAAGAAAUGUUGUGAGAAAGUUCUACAAAAUCCCAAAUGGUUGGAUAAUUUGCACACAUUGAUUGCAAAUCCUAGUCCUGAAGUUCAACAUCGUGGUGUGGUUGUAAUUUUGAAUAUGAUCAAUGCUGGUGAAGAUAUUGCUUCGAAAUUAUUUGAAACUGAUAUUAUGGAAUUGUUGAAUGGUUUAGCACAACUGCCUGAUGAUACAAGAGCUAAAGCACGUGAGGUUGCAGCACAGUGUUUGGUAGCCGCUGAAAAGUAUAAAAUAAUUGAGAAAUCAGAUAAUGUAGAGAUUCCGGAUGUUUUUGCGCAAGCCAAGGCAUUGGAAGAGCUCGAGGAGGAUUAAAGUGUUCUUUUUUAAUUUUUUCGUUUGAGUAUUAGAUACAUAGUUUUUUUUUCACAAUUUUAUUAUAUAUUCAACAUCGAAGUUUUUUCUUUGUCGUACUUAUUUAAUUUUUUUAAACUUCAUGUUGUCUUUUUUCAUUAAAAAUUGUUUUUUGAGUUUAUGCGAACAAAUAUAUAUUUAUAAAGUUUUUUCUAA